AUGACGAGGACGGCGCCGUAUUCUUCUCUCUUUUUCCCUGUCUUUUCUCCGAUGGGCAACGAAAACCCGCCCGAUUCUGGUUCUUCUUCUUCCUCCAUUCAGAAGCCUCUCUCGACUCCACUCCAUUUUAGUUUCCUGGCUUGCAGCUCUCAUUUUCAGCUUCAUUCUUUGUCGACAAACCUUUGCGUAUCGGUUUCAAAGCGAGGAUUGAAUUUGGGGAAGAGUGAGUUUGGGGAGAGGAUGGCGAGGGAGAGAGAUCAUGGAGUGGGAGAAGGUUCCGUUAAGAGGCAGAGAGUGGAAGAAGGUUCGUCUUCUGCUGGAGAUAUUGAUAACCCUCUAGUCCCGUACAAUGAUGUGGACGAGGAGGAGGACAAUGAGACGAGGGAGCAGAACAAUGGCGGUAUGGAUGGAGACGAGGGGGGAGCUGUUGUUGAUGAUGACGGUGAUGAUGAUGAUGAUGAUGAUGAUGAUGGUGAAUAUAAUGAACAAGAGGCGAGCAUUCAGAGGCAGAGGAAGCUACUGGAGCCUCGUGAGGACUGCCCUUAUCUUGACACAGUUAAUCGACAGGUGCUGGAUUUCGAUUUUGAGAAGUUUUGUUCUGUCUCUUUAUCGAAUCUGAAUGUUUAUGCGUGCUUGGUGUGUGGGAAGUAUUACCAAGGCAGAGGGAAGAAAUCCCAUGCUUAUACUCAUAGCCUUGAAGCAGGGCACCAUGUGUAUAUCAAUCUACAGACUGAGAAAGUGUACUGUCUUCCUGACGGAUACGAAAUCAUUGACCCGUCUUUAGAUGACAUACGGCAUGUCCUGAACCCGAGGUGGGUGAGGGGUGAUACACAUAGCUUCAUGUUUCAGAUUGUGAUGCAUGUAGGUUUACCAGGGAACAAGUUGCACAGUUGGACAAAAACAGAAUGUGGUCUAGGGCUCUUGAUGGGUCUGAUUACCUUCCUGGAAUGGUGUGCAUUUCCUUCUCUAUUCUUGCUCCAUUUCCUGAAUGUUCAUGUGGGCCUCAAUAACAUACAGGGAACUGAUUUCGUGAAUGUUACGAUCCAGUCUCUGAUGAGGGUAACACCAUUGAGAAAUUUCUUUCUCAUUCCUGAAAAUUAUCAGCACAAUCGGUCCUCUCUUGUUCAGCGUUUUGGGGAGCUAACACGGAAGAUAUGGCAUGCUAGAAACUUUAAGGGACAGGUGAGCCCUCAUGAGUUCCUUCAAGCAGUUAUGAAAGCUAGCAAGAAAAGGUUUCGCAUAGGCCAACAGUCCGACCCUCUCGAGUUCAUGGCAUGGCUUCUCAAUACACUUCAUGCGGAACUUAAGACCUCCAAGAAGAAUAAUAGCAUAAUUUAUGACUGCUUUCAGGGAGAAUUGGAGGUUAUCAAAGAGAUUCCUAAGAAAGCUAUCACUGAAAAGAAAGAAAGUGGUGGUGGAAUUACUGAUGGCGAGACAGAACGUGGUGAUGCUCUCACGGAAAAGUCCAGAAUGCCAUUUUUGAUGCUCGGGCUGGAUUUGCCACCACCUCCUUUGUUUAAGGAUGUGAUGGAGAAAAAUAUUAUUCCACAGGUUCCUUUGUUCAACAUACUGAAGAAAUUCGAUGGAGAAACUGUCACCGAAGUAGUCCGACCUCACAUUGCCCGGAUGAAAUAUCGAGUGACCAGAUUGCCCCGAUAUAUAAUCCUCCACAUGCAACGGUUUAAGAAGAACAACUUCUUCAUUGAGAAGAACCCAACAAUAGUCAAUUUUCCUGUGAAGAACUUGGAACUGAAAGACUAUAUUCCUCUGCCAACUCCCAAGGAGAACGAGAAAUUGCGGUCCAAGUACGACUUGAUAGCCAACAUUGUUCACGAUGGCAAACCGAAAGAGGGUGUGUACAGAGUGUUUGUGCAACGGAAGUCCGAAGAGCUAUGGUACGAGAUGCAGGAUCUGCACGUCUCAGAAACUCUUCCUCAGAUGGUUGCACUCUCCGAGGCGUAUCUCCAGAUAUACGAGCAGCAUCAGUAGCAGGAUCCACCACAUUCAAGGCAGUAGUAGCACUCACUACAUCCCCUCUUUUAACUUUGGAUAUACGACGUGAAAUCUGAACCCGAUUCGGAGCAAAAUCCAGCUAGAUGGAUGUUAAGAGGUUAAUUGUUGUAUUGAUCGAUGUGACGAGGGUUAUUUCAUAGUGAUCAAAAUUUUGGAGGGUAGGGAAGUUCUUCCUCUGAUGUAUUAACUAUCCUAGUUGGAUGCUUGAAAAUGAACAGAGAAUUUGCAUCAAGGCAUUAGCCUUUGUCGAAUACUUGUUUGGGCUGGGCUCAAUUGGGCUCCGCUUACCCAAUCCAAUAAAUUUGUCCAGGCCCAUAAAAUAAAAACUGAUUUUUGAUGCUAAAACGGAAAAGGAAUUCUAAAUAAAAUAGGAAAAGGAUUUCUAAUCUUUAAAAAUAUUUUAAAAUCGGAAACUCCCGCGACAAAUUCUCUUGCUUGCCGGACGGGAGAGGUGAAGAAGAACGAGAGCGGUAUCACCCAACCCAAGGGAUUGGUUUUCGGGAAGAGAAGUGUUGGGAGAGACGAUGGUGACGAAGAGAGAAGAGAUUGAUAGGAGGGUGGUGGAUGGAGAAAGUUCCAUUAAGAGGCAGAAACUGGAGGGAGCUGUUCUUGUUGUUGAUGACGAUCAACAAGGGUCUAGUUCUCAAAGGCGGAGGGGGCAACUGGAGCCUCGUGGAGACUGCCCUUAUCUCGAUACCGUGAAUCGCCAGGUGCUGGAUUUCGACUUUGAGAAGAAAUGCUCGGUCUCUUUGGAAAAAUUGGAUGUUUAUGCAUGUCUGGUGUGUGGGAAGUAUUACCAAGGAAGAAGGAAGAAUACCCAUGCUUAUACACAUAGUCUCGAAGAAGAUCACCAUGUCUAUAUCAAUCUAAAGACUGAGAAAGUGUACUGUCUUCCUGAUGGAUAUGAAAUUGAUGAUCCGUCUUUGGAUGACAUACGGCAUGUUCUGAACCCAAGGUUUACCAGGGAACAAGUUGCACAGCUGGACUUAAACAGUCGAUGGUCGAGGGCGCUGGACGGAUCUGAUUACCUUCCAGGAAUGGUUUGCUUGUAUUGUUUCAAUAAUGUUAAUGUGGUUGUCUUUCCAAGCUAGUAAUUUUAUCUACAGGCUAGGAAUGGUAACAUGAAAUGAUAUGUUUCUAUCCUUUAGAUUUAAGCUGUGAUUUAACUGUGGCCUUGGUUCUUAUGCUAUCAGGUUGGCCUCAAUAAGCUUCAGGGAACUGAUUUCGUGAAUGUUACAAUUCAGUCUCUAAUGACGGUAACACCCUUCAGGAAUUUUUUCCUCAUUCCUGAAAAUUAUAAGCACUGUCAGUCCUCUCUUGUUCACCGCUUUGGAGAGUUAACAAGGAGGAUGUGGCACGCUCGAAACUUUAAGGGACAGGUGAGCCCUCAUGAGUUUCUUCAAGCAGUUAUGGAAGUCAGCGAGAAAAGGUUUUGCAUAGGCCAACAGUCUGACCCUCUGGAGUUCAUGGAAUGGCUUCUCAAAACACUUCAUGCUGCACUUAGAACUUCAAAGAGGGAUAGUAGCAUAAUAUAUGACUACUUUCAGGGAGAAUUAGAGGUUAUCAAAGUGAUAGAUAGUGAGACAGGAGGAGAUGAUGUUCUAAUGGAAAAAUCCAGAAUGCCAUUCAUGGUGCUGGGUCUGGAUUUGCCACCACCUCCUCUGUUUAAGGAUGUGAUGGACAAAAGUAUUAUUCCCCAGGUUCCUUUGUUCAACAUACUGAAGAAAUUCGACGGGAAGACUGCCACUGAAGUAGGAAGGCCUCACAUUGCCCAGAUGAAAUAUCGGGUAACCAAGUUGCCAAAGUAUCUAAUCCUUCACAUGCAGCGGUUUAAGGAGAACAACUUCUUCAUUGAGAAGAACCCUACUAUAGUCAACUUUCCUGUGAAGAACUUGGAGCUGAAGGACUAUAUUCCUCUACCGACACCUGGGGAGAACAAUAAAUCGCGCUCAAAGUACGAUUUGAUAGCUAAUGUAGUCCAUGAUGGCAAACCAAAAGAGGGUUCCUACAGAGUCUUUGUCCACCGGAAGUCCGAUGAGCUAUGGUACGAGUUGCAGGAUCUACACAUCUCCGAGACGCUCCCUCAGAUGGUUGCACUCUCUGAGGCAUAUCUGCAGAUAUACGAGCAACAUCAGUAGCAGGCUAGCAGCUUCCUCCUUCACCAGUGGCCCUCAUUCUCAUUACUUCGAUAGAUAAUUGAAUCAAGAGCUUGCUUUGCUGGUUUAUUUUUGGGAUUAUAGUUGUGCUAUCUGAACUAGCUAUUAUCGCAUUUAGGAUUUUGGCCUAUCAAUUAGCAUCAGGAUAAAUAAGACUCAAAAGUUUUCUCACUAUUCUUCAAUCUAUGAUUUGAGUCGCAAUGAAGAAUUCUCAAUCUUGUGAAACUGCACAAUUCACUUGCUCAAAAUCACCAUAUCUAGUGUACUUACACAAUCUAUCCACUACCCUUUAGACUUUAGAGUCUCCAAACAUGAGAUCGUUUAUUUUGUAGACCGGAAUAUCAGAAAUCGGCUUGAUUGCCUCCUGCUGCUGCUGAUCCCCUGGUGCUGCCAACUUGACAUCUUCGGCAGCUUCCCUGGUGAACUCAUCAAACACCAUGGUCAUCGAAGUUGUGGAAGGCGUCGAGAUGAAGUUGAGACCGAUGUAGAAAGCCAAUCCCAACACAAUUGCCACCAUACAGUAAGUUGGCACAGCUAGUGCCCAGUACCUGUUGGGGUAGUAAGAGAUCCCAAUGGAGUGGAGCCAGGGUUCAGGGACAUAAGCCCACGCCAGGAAGAUGGAAACCUGUAGCAACAAUGGUGGUGAUGGAGCCUACAAAGCCGUAAACUUCUGAAGGUUUUGGACCGGAGACUGAUGAAGUGUGGCGGCUGCUGCUCCUGGAAGUGUGGUGAUGGAGGAAAUCAGACGAUCCUCCCCUUGUUGUUGUUGUCCUCUUCCGGUUCUUCGUCUUUGAGAAGCUCAGGACUCUCCUUGGACUGUUCACUGAGUAGCCAUCGUCUAAUUCCUCCAUGACUCGGGAAUCGAAUUUGCAGAAUAAGGAAACCCAAACCUUCAAACGCAAGCUGCAGUGAAUUCUUUCUCUACGGCGGAAUUGGAUUGAGCUAGUGAUUACUUUAGGAAUCUAGAAAUGAAAAGAGAUGCUCUGUUUUUUAUGCCCACUGUGAACUCCACCCAUAAACAACAAGAAAUCACCCAUUACCGCUUAACGACCAUAAAGAUGCAAGCUUUCCCGGAUGGCAAUGCUAGUUCGUCGGCAGGCUGUGAGAGGAUUAGGGCGUCGGACGAUAAGGCUGGAAGAACGGGUGAAGCUGGCGGUUAGGGAUCGAAGAUUGCUUGCAAAUGCAAUCACUGGCGGAUCGGGAAAAAUGGUAAAGUUCCAAAUUUUGGAGAAGAAAUCUCGUUGU